AAGGUGUUUUUUUGUCUUGAUUUAAUUUCCCUCGUUGUUUUCAAUUAAAUCGCAAAUAAGAGAGCAUAGAUCUGCUGACUUUUUUAUUUAUUUUUUCUCUUCAUUACAACCAUUACCAUGCCUGCGAAUUCUACAUCCGAUAAUUCCGCGCUUGCAGGAGCCGCGAACGAUAAUAAACAGAAGUGGGCUACGUCUCCUUCAACUGUUUUCAAUCACUUCGGCUCAAGUGGACUUUCCGUCGCUAUUGCAACUUCAAUUACUCACCCUCUAGAUGUAUUGAAAGUGAGGCUACAAAUGCAACUUGUUGGCCAGAAAGGUCCUUUGAGUGGAAUGGGACAAUUAUUUUUAAGUGUGGUGAAAAAUGAAGGACAUAAGUCUUUGUAUCUGGGUUUGACACCUGCUUUAACAAGGUCAGUAGUUUAUGGAGGACUACGCUUGGGCUUGUAUGAACCCUCUAAGAAUGCAUGUGAUCGUGCUUUUGGAUCCUCCAAUGUUUUAGUUAAAAUUGCUUCGGGAAUGUUUGCUGGUGCUUUUUCAACUGCGCUGACCAAUCCAAUGGAAGUUCUUAAGGUGAGCUAUCAUAUCCUUUUCCAAUACAGUGGACCAAUUUUAGAGCUUCGAAGGACUGUUUCUGAAGAGGGAGUCAAAGCUCUUUGGAAAGGGGUGGGCCCUGCCAUGGCCAGAGCAGCUGCAUUGACUGCAUCCCAGUUGGCCACUUAUGAUGAAACUAAGCAGAUUCUAAUCAAGUGGACAUCUCUUAGAGAAGGAUUUCAUCUACAUCUGAUCUCAAGCACAGUUGCAGGCAUACUGAGCACCAUCAUUACUGCACCCAUGGAUAUGGUUAAAACACGUCUCAUGUUGCAACGAGCAUCCAAAGGUGGUAGAACAUAUAAAAAUGGAUUUCACUGUGCAUACCAGGUUCUGCUUUCAGAGGGUCCUAGGGCACUUUACAAAGGAGGCUUCGCUAUAUUUGCAAGAUUAGGACCACAAACCACAAUUACAUUUAUAUUAUGCGAGGAGCUAAGGAAACUUGCUGGAUUGGAAGCAAUUUAGUAACAGGAGUCUCCACUAUGACAGUGCCUACUACACCGACUGACUAUAAGGAUUCUUGAAUGUUGAAUAACUCUUUUUGCAAGCAAGGUUGGGGAUUUUUUUAUAGAUAUAAUCUACAUUCUACAGUGGUUAUUUGAAGUAUAUUCCUCAUACAACCACAUCACAUUUUUUACCUGCAAGUUUGCAACUAUGCAAAGAGAUUCAUCUCCUCAAGCAUGUGGUUUAUGUGCUUUUUUAAUCUUUUAAUGGGGAUGGUCCUAGCCCUUUUUUAGACUCACAACUACCACCAUUCUUUAACUCACAACUACCGCCAUUGUAUUGUAUUAUUAUUAUUUUUACUGCCAUCUCUGUAUUAAAUAGAAAAUUAAUAUUGGUCAACCACCAGAAUCAAAAAUAGUGGGAUGCUUUUGAUGUGAAGAUGAUUUUCUCUUUUUUUUUUCUGAGUAAA